AUGAGUGACCGCGACCCCGCGGUCAAAUCGGAUCGAACAGCUCAAGCUCGGCCCUCUGCGCCGAGAGUCAGAUUAAGCUGUGAAGCAUGUCGCCAGCGCAAAGUGAAAUGCGACAAACUAAGUCCUUGCACCAGCUGUCAACGCCUAGGAUUUGUGUGUGUUCCUGUAGAGCGAGCCCGUCUGCCGCGAGGUCGCACACGCAAGGCUCCCGAGCGAGUUGGCAGCUCUGACAAGGAGCUUGCGGAUCGCGUCGCAAAGCUAGAACAGCUCCUAAGAAAAGUUGCAGCUGAGCGCGAUGAGCCGAUGGCACAGUCUCUGGCUGAAGAAGUGCCCUCAUUCAAUGAGCCCACAGAGCAUAGCUUCGAGGCAAACGUGCAUGUGGGCGAUGCGGAGGCUUGGCGCAAUCAGAUUGAUGACUCAAGCGAGAUGAAGCCAGUCAUACCUGAAACCCAGCCUCCUCGACCUCGUGCAAUGAAUAAUUACUUGGGGAGCUCAUUCUGGGAGGACAUUAUGCUCCAGGUGGCUUUGGCGGCUCAGAAGGCUCAGAAAGUGUUUCGAACUCCCCUCAGUCCUAUAAAGGGCUCACAAUUUCCCCCCCAAACACGCCGUACACUAUGUGACAUCUAUUUAUCUAACGUGGACCCUGUAUUCAAAGUCCUACACCGACCAUCAUUACGAGCAUAUCUUCAUGACGACCAACCCUAUCUUGAUUAUGAGCCUGACCAUCAGGCCCCCAUUACUCUGGCGCUCGCCGUUUACUCAGCGGCCGUAUGUACAAUUGACGAUUCUCAAUGCCAUUUCCUGUUUGGAAUGGAUCAAAAGUCUGCAUUUGCCGACCUUCAAAGAGAGACCGAAGCCGCGCUGACCAGGGCGGAUUUUGUGACCACAAAUGACUUGACCGUUUUGCAAGCAUAUGUCAUCUCACUGCUUGCAGCCCGUUGUCAAGAUCAAAGCCGUCGAGUGUGGACUAUGCUGAGCAUGGCACUUCGAGUAGCACAAGCACAAUGUCUUCAUAUGUUCGAGCCAUCAUUUCAUGUCGACCCAUUCGAGCAGGAGAUGCGCCGGCGUUGCUGGCAGGCAAUCGGGCAACUUGAUAUUGCAGCUUCGUUAGACCGAGCCUCUGAGCCAAUGAUGCAAGUCGCAUGGCUAGAGUCACACCCUCCAGCAAACAUCAACGACGAAGACAUCUGGCCUGGCAUGGAAGGCCCCAUCAAAGUACCCCCGGAAGGCACAUUCACCGAAAUGACUCUUGCGUUGGUAGUCGGCGCAUCUCAGUCUGUCUGUCGAUCAGUUGGAUUUGCCGACUUCAUAGAAAUAUCCGUCAAAUCACUCAGUGUGCGCCAACAGCUUCUCGCAGACUGCCAGAAAAGAAUAUCCAUUCUGUUGGCUGGAUGUCAUCCAGAUCGUCACCCUUUUCAUCUCUACACAAAGCGAAUAGCAAGCAUCAUCAACGGCUGCCUGCAGCUUGCUUGCGUCCGCCCGAUCAUACGCAGUCGAAACUUCAAUCCGCCCGCUAUUCAAGGUGAUGUUCUUCUUAGGAUGGCCGGUGAGAACUUAAAACGCGCAUCCGAGUCAUACAGCGAUCCGGCGAUGACACCGUGGCGGUGGUUUGGUGCAUUAUGGGUCCCAUGGCAUGGGCUUGCAGUCGCUCUUGCGGAACUUUGCGUUUGCCAAGACCCUGCGACCAUAUCUAAAUUCUGGCCUAUUGUGGAGCAUACCUAUCAAAUAACCAGCACUUUCAUUGCCGACUCGCAACAUGGGAUGCUAUGGCGCCCGUUAGAGAAGCUCAUGAAUCAGGCACGGACGCGGAAACGAGAGAUAUUAGGCGAUGAGAGCUUAACAAACGCAAUCAGUCAGGUUACAUUGGAAGGCAUGCCUCUCAGUUUUGCCGCAGAGCACUUGAACCAUCAAAACGCUCAAAACCCACAUAAUUCAGUGAACUUCUCUUUAGGGAGCAUGGAAGCGCCCAUGGUUCCCGUUCAGCAAAAUGCUCCUGUCAUCCCAAUGGCACCAAUGACCAUGGGAUUUGGCUCCGAUGUCGAAACGUGGCCAAAUGUAUGGGAUGCAAUGGAUCUAAGUGGCACGGUCCCUCAAGGUGGCUACGAUGUUGCCUGGGCAAGCUACACGAAUUUCAUUGGGGAUGUAUAUGAUAGUGCGGAUUCGAUGUUCCUGCCACGGUGA